AUGCAUUCUAUUCCCCUCAAAAUCAUUCUAUCCGUCCCUCCUAUUUUUUUCCAUUCCAUUCCCUUUUCGCCCAUUAUUAACAACACCACAACCCACCACUGUUGCCAGGCCCACCCACCACAACCACCAUCCACCACCGCCGCCUGUCGUCGUCACACACCACCACCACCACCCAUCGCCGUCACCGCUACCAAUGCCACCGCCGCCAACUCCGACCACCACCGCCACCCACUGACGACACCACCACUGCCACUGCAACCAUCGCCGCCACCACCGCCCAACCCGCCACCUUCGCUACCGCACCCGCCGCCACCCACCUCCGUUCCCACCACCACCACCGCCGCCACCCAUCGUCGCCACUGCCACCUCCGAUCACUACCGCCACCCACUUCCACCACCACCGUCGUUGCCACUUUCGAUCACCGCCACCACCCACGUCUACCACCACCACCCACCAUCGUCGUUGCCCACCUCCGAUCAACGCCGCCACCCACCUCCGCCACCGCUGCCGCCACCACCCAUCGUCGACAUUACUACCACCUCCGACCACCGCCGCACCAUCAUCGCCACCGCCACCGUCAUUGCCGCCGCCAUCGCCGCCACCCUCCUCGUCGUCACCCACCACCACUGCAGCUAUCACAACCUACCACCGCCGCCACCCAUCGUCACCGGUACAACUGCCACCUAUCACCACCCACCAUCAUUGCCCACCACUGA